AUGUUCAGGGUUCGACGAUUCCAGGUAGGCCCCGCCGAACUCGAGGGCACUAUUCUCGACAACCAGUUUGCAGACCAUGUCUGUGUGCUUCCUCUACCCGACGCGUACAGCAGCGAGCUCCCUCUAGCAUACAUUGUUUCCUCUCAGAUUGCCAAGGAGACGAUCAGCAAGAGUGGGAACCAGAACGUGAACAGGAAAUCCUCUUGA